AUCUAACUCAACCCCUAAUCAAAACUCCAACUUUAAGUAUCAGAACAGCAGCAACAGCAGAAAGCAGAAAGCAGAAAGCAGAGGAAGAAGAAGAAUCAAAUCCACAAAUCUUCCAAGAAAAACAACAACCCAGAAAAGAAAAAAAGAAACCAAGAUCAUGAGGUUCAGCAACCACUUGAUUGGGCUACUAAAUUUCGCUACUUUCCUCCUCUCAAUCCCAAUCCUUGGAGGGGGCAUAUGGCUGAGCGGCAGAGCCAACAACACAGACUGCCUCAAGUUCCUCCAAUGGCCGCUCAUCAUCAUCGGGGUCUCGAUCAUGGUGGUUUCCCUAGCUGGGUUUGCAGGAGCCUGCUACAGGAACACUUUCCUCAUGUGGGUUUACCUGUUCGUCAUGUUCUUCAUCAUAGCAGCUCUGAUUGGCUUCAUCAUCUUCGCAUAUGCUGUCACAGACAAAGGAUCAGGCAGGCCUGUGACGAACAGGGCAUAUGUGGAAUAUUAUCUGGGGGACUAUUCCGGCUGGCUGGAGGAGCAUGUAGCUAAGGACAGCAACUGGAGAAAGAUUGCCUCUUGUGUUAGAGACUCCAAGGUUUGCCAGAAGAUGGGGAGGACUGUGAAUGGUGUGCCCCAGACUGCUGACAUGUUUUACAACAGAAAGCUCAGCUCUGUUCAGUCUGGCUGCUGCAAGCCCCCUACAGAAUGUGGCUAUACUUAUGUGAAUGAGACGACUUGGGAAACUGGAGGAGGUAUGAUGGGGACCAAUCCUGACUGCACACUCUGGAACAACGACCAACGGCAACUAUGCUAUUCCUGUAACUCUUGCAAAGCUGGUGUUCUGGCCAGCCUUAAGAAGAGCUGGAGGAAGGUAUCCGUGAUCAACAUUGUUGUAUUAAUCAUCCUAGUUAUCUUCUAUGUGAUUGGCUGUGCAGCAUUCCGAAACAAUCGUCGGAUUGACAACGAUGAACCCUAUGGGGAGGCUCGGAUGACAAAAUCACAACCUAGUGCUUUCCAACUCUAGUUAUAAUGGUAGGGAAUCUGAUACUUGGAAACUAAACUGUGUGAAACAUGUAACUUAAAGGUUUCGGGAUUGCACUAGGGCUUAUUUGUAUUAGACAAGUGAACAUCAUGACUUUGGCUUGUUUUUUCAUAAGUUGGCUGUAUAUGUGAAUUAUCGGCUCUUUAUUUUCUCUGUAUUAA